AUGGAGCAAUGGCCGGGUGCCGGCCACACUCAGGAACAUUUGCGGGACCAUGCUGCUGCCGAUGUCCAGAGACUGCGGCUAAGUGCCAGCCCGCCUCAGAAAACAUUCACAAGAAAGAAAUCUCUUGUUGGUUCACUCCUUGACCUUGGAUUUAAUGCUCGCGAAAGGGCUGAAGAUCGGUGGAGAAAACAUCGAGAUACUGAUAGUUUAGUGUUAAAAGACACUCCAGCAGAGAAAACCCGUUCAGCAAGUGGUUUUGCCAAUGGUAUCUCUGGUGGUAUUGAAUUUGGUGGCACUGCUUCAAAUCAAAAUGACAUUGGUAGGGGUCCAUCUGGCCAAAGUGGAUUUGAUGUGAAUGCAGUAAGUGGAUUAGCUGACUCUCAUUCUGCUCCCAGUGAAACAGCAGAUAACACCAACACAAGACAUAGGGAUGGAUUUAGUAGCAGUGUCUCUGGGAAUUUGGGAUUUGGUUUGGGGACAUCUGAUCAAAAGGGAUUGGACAUUGGUAGAGCUGACUGGAGUGAAAUGAGCAACAGACGAUCUGCUGGGGGUGAAUCAAUAGGUUUUGGAUUUGAUGCCCGUAGCCCAGUUGGAACCGGGUCUUUUGGUUGGGAACUUGGAAAAAGGAAGGGCGAUAAUGCAUUUGGUUUUGGAGCUUCUGGUUCGAGUUCAUUUGGUGGCAGUGGCAUUAAUAGCAAAAUAAAAAUUGAAGGAAAUCAAGUGGGUAGUUCUGGAGGACCCAUUUCCAAUGAUCUAGGUGGCAUCAGUGCAAGAAUUAGAGAUAGUCUUUUUGAUGGCAUAUCAGAAAGUUUGAGAUAUGGUUUUGAGAAGUUUGGUCAAAAGGGAUUUGGAAACAGAGGAUCUGACUGGAGUAAGAGCAGCAGGGACUCUGAUGUCAGUGGCUCAGUGGAAAAGUCCUCAUCCUCUGAUUUGAAACAUGGAGAAAGGAAACGUGAAGCUAAAUUUGAUUUUGGAGAUUCUGGUUCAAAUCGAUUUGAUGACAUUGGCCUUAGUGAAAAUGUAAUAAAAGGUGACUCAAAUGCAAGAAAUGGGGAUGAAUAUUCUAGUGGUAUCUCUGAAGACUCAGGAUUCAAUUUGGGGUCAUCUGAUCAGCAGGGAUUUGGAAUCAGUGGAAUUGGUGGGAAUGGAGAGAGUGGCAGUGGAAUCGUGGGGGCUGGAUACUUGAGUCCUGGAUCUGAUGUCAGUGGCACAGGAGAAAAUACUCGGUCUUCUGGUUCUGGAAGUAGUGGAGGAAGGAAGGGUGCAGCUGGACUUGGUGUUGGUACUUCUGGACCAAAUGAAUUUGGUGAAACUGGCGUUAGUGGCACAGAAAAAGGAUCCCAUAUUCCAGAAGCAACUCCGAAAUACUCAGAAACAAAUACAAUUAUUGGCGAAGCUUCUACUUGGGGCAAAGGAGCAUAUAAAGCUUUCAAUGGCCGCAUCUUUUCCUUUGACUCGUCAUGCGCAUAUACCUUCUGCCGUCAUUGCGUGGAAUCCGGAGAAGAUUUCAAUAUUGAGAUCAAAAGAAACAAUAAUAGUGAUAUUGAAAAAAUAAUAGUUAAAAUCGACACUAAUGACGUCUCUAUUUUUGGUGAUAUCAUCCUAGUUAAUGAAGAAAGGUAA